AUGGAAAUUCACAAGCCAGAUGCACACCGUCGAGAGUACGCGUACUUCGAGCUGCCCAACCAACUCAAGGUGGUUGUUGGAUCAGAUCCUCACUGUGACAAGGCUGGCGCAGCCCUAACGGUGAAUACCGGCCUUUGCGAUGAGAGAAAGGACUUGCCUGGCUUGGCGCAUUUCCUGGAGCAUAUGCUCUUCACUGGAACCAAGAAAUACCCAAAAGAAGGAGAGUAUAGUGAGUUCGUGAAGCAGAACGGUGGAACGACCAAUGCGAACACGGGCUGCUAUACCACCAACUACAUGUUUCAGGUGAAAGUCGAAGCCUUGGAGGAGACCUUGGACCGCUUCGCUCGCUUCUUCUCGGAGCCGCUGCUCACCAAGGACUGCACAGACAGGGAAAUCAACGCAGUGGACUCCGAGUUUCAAGCAGGUCUGACGCAUCCUGCCUGGCGGGAUAUUGGUAUCUUAAACAUGAGCGCCAAUCCGGCUCACCCCUUUCACGUCGCCUGCGGCAACAACAAGAUGCUGCGGGACGAUCCCAAAGAGAAAGGUUUGGAUCUGUACGAGGAGAUGUUGAAGUUUUACAGAGACUUCUACUCCGCCAAUGGCAUGACUUUGUCCGUCAUCGGCAAGGAGAGCAUCCCAGAGUUAGAGGCCAUGAUUCGAGAGAAGUUCUCUGUGAUCGUGAACAAGAACUUGUCUCUGCCCCGAGGCGAUGCCGUGAGCGACCAGCCGCCCUUCUUGCCAAAGGAGUGGAACCGCUUGCUCCUGCAGUCGCCUGUGAAGGAUGUGAAAACGUUGAAGUUCAGUUGGGUCCUACCCUGGCAAGCACCGUUGUGGCGGAGCAAGCCCAAGGCCUAUGCCACCCACUUACUGGGCCACGAGGGUUCCGGCUCGCUGACUGCCCGCCUCAAGGAGCGCGGGCUCAUCGCCAGCUGCGUCUCCUCUGGUGGUGGUUGGUUAGAGGGUGCCUUCUCCUUGCUGCACGUGCAGUUUGUGCUCACCGACGGUGCUGUACACGAGGUCGAGGAGAUUGGCAAGCUCCUCUUCACCUACAUUGGCAUGUUGCAGAAGGUGGGAGCGAAGCAGUGGAUCUUAGAAGAGAUGCAGCGCUUGCAUCGGAUCCAAUUCAAAUUCAUGCCCGACCGGCAGCCUUUUUCCUUGGCUGCCAGCAUUGCAGCCAACCUGCAGGUACAUCCGCCUGCAGAGGUGCUCAGUGGUCCAGUCUUAAUCUAUGACCUGGACGUGACGGGGGCUCAAGAGAUUCUGGAGCGCCUCACCUUGGAGGCCGUGCGGGUGACGCACCAGGCCAAGGUGCUGGAGGAGCGCUGUACGGAGCGCGAUAGCAGCUACGACUCCCCCAUGAAGUUCGAGGAACUUCCGGAUGCCUGGAGAGAAAGCUGGUGCAACGCCUUGCAUGCAGGCAGCACCGCGGAGGAGGCGGUGAAGGCCGCGGAGGCGGUGGGGCUUCAUCUGCCGCAUCCCAAUCCAUUCAUCCCUGAGGACCUGGAUUUGAAGGCCCACGGUGGGGGAGGACUGGGUCAUGGGGGUGCUAGCUGGUGUGCCGUGGUCCGAAUUCAUGAGGCCCUCUUCCUUUGCGUCAUCCGUUCAUCGCUGAUGCCGAGCACUGCCAUGAACGCCUUGCGUGCCACAGUCUACACACAUAUUGUGCAAGAGGCGCUGAGUGAAUAUUCCUACGACGCAGACAUUGCCAACUGCUCUUACAGCUUGGACAUCGGCGAGGGGAGUAUCAUCUUCAUGGCUGGAGGCUUCCACGACAAGUUGGGCGUUUUGAUCCAGGCCGUGGCGCAGAAGAUGGUUGAGAUCGGGACAUCGUCUCUGGACUCCGUGCCCGAGAACUACUACCGCAUUGUGGUCGAUCGCCUGAGAGACGGCUUGCGGAACCAGGCCUUUCACUCGCAGCCCCUCUCCCAAGCGAAGCUGCGCUUCAACGAGCUCAGCCGGCGGGUGGGUGUUUUCGCACCAGAGGAGUUCUUAAAGGAAUUGGAACUCCUCACGCGCGAGAAGAUCUGUGGCAUCGUAUCGGAGCUCUUCAGCUGCUGUCACGCUGAGGCGAUGAUCGCGGGGAAUCAAACGCCGGAGGAUGCACAGAAGCUGGUACGAGACCUGGAGGAGACCCUCAAGAUCCCCAGCACCAUGCAGGAGCUGAAAACGAUCGAAGAGGCCGCCGUCCCCAGCGGUCGCACGCUGUGGAACUUGGAGAGCACGGAUAAGGACGACCCGAACCACGCGGUCGUGGCGAAGUGGCAACUGAGCCGAGGAGUGCGAGAAGCUUGCUUCCUGCAGAUUGUCAACAAGAUCUUGAGCCCCAAGUUCUUCGAUAUUCUCAGGACACAACAGCAACUGGGAUAUGUGGUGGGCAUGGGAAUCGGCCCCUCGACGCACUUCAACUUCCUCACAGCCCAGGUGCAGACGGAGUUCCCUCCGGACUAUGUGCGCUCACGCAUCGAUGCCUUUUUCGAAGAGCACUUCAAGUGGUUGGAGGAGGGCUUGGAGGAGGAGGAGUUCCAGACAUGUCUGAAGGGUGCCCUGUCAGAGCUGCAGAUGAAACCAAAGAAUCUCUCAGAAGAGUUUGGCCGCUACCAGUCGGAGUUCUUCCAGCGGACCUACGACUUUGACCGACGGGACCGGAAGAUCCAGUUCUUGGAGAGCGGCCAAGUGACCUUGCAAAGCCUCCGCGCCUUCGUUGCCGAGAUCCGAGCGGCGCCGCUCUUCUACGUGCAGGUCCGAAAGGUGCUGGACAAGGAAGACAAGCCGCUCCCGGAGAACGCCGUGGUGCCCAAGGACCCUCCGGAUCUUCGCAUCUUGCAGGGCUAUGAAGAAGGCCGCCAGCAGCGAGACGAGCUCUUCAGGACCUGGCUGCCGAUCAACAACAAGAUCGAACUCAUGACGUGA